UGAAAGCUCUCAUUUUGACCUUUCUCAUAUGAAUCCUUAUGAUGACAACUGCACAGAAGAAAAAGGUCCAAGGAAGAUUUGAACACGAAAUUGUAAAUCUAAGAAAAAGUUGUAAAAAGGAAAAAUGAGAUUUCGCAUCUGACUCUCUCAUAUCCUCAUGUGUUGACUACUGAGUGAAUAAGGAUUGAUUCCAACAAGCAGCAUCUCAACUUGAAUUUGGAGAGCAAGAUAAGUUUAAAAACAGAAGAUUUAUUGAUUGAGUCAAGGACAAAUUAAGGGAAGAAGCUAAACAAAGAGGUGAACUCUAGUAUUCAACUUCAAUAAAUUUCAAUGAGGAAGUAA